UUCACCAAAAGCUCCAAACUUUCUCUUCAAUAUACAUUCAAGAUUCACAUAAGAACCUACAACUCUCAAUCUUUUCUCAUAUAUAUUCAUUUAGGAAUAUUGUAUCUAAAUACUUCAUUUUAUAAUGGGUGAUUCCGAAAAUGGUGUAGAAGUCCCUUCAUAUUUCAUAUGCCCAAUUUCCUUAGAUAUUAUGAAAGACCCGGUGAUUCUAUCAUCCGGGAUUACAUAUGAUCGUGAAUCUAUCGAAAAAUGGUUAUACACAAACAAAAAUGUCACUUGUCCUGUAACAAAACAAGCCCUUACGGAUUUAGAGCUCACCCCAAACCAUACUCUUCGAAGAUUAAUCCAAUCUUGGUGCACCAUCAAUGCACCAUUUGGCAUAGAAAGAUUUCCAACUCCGCGACUUCCAGUCUCAAAAUCGCAAAUCUUGAAGCUCCUACAAGAUUCAAAGUCUCCAAAUAUGCAAAUGAAGUGUUUGAAAAGACUUAAAGCAAUUGUAAUGGAAAGUGAUAUGAAUAAAAGAUCAAUGGAAGCAGUUGGAACAGCUGAUUACCUAGCUUGCAUCAUAAGUAACCCGAGUAGUAGUAUGACAUCAUCUUUACUUGUGGAAGAAGUUUCAUCCGGAGCUGAAGAAGCACUAAGCAUUGUUUACCACCUCCAUUUAUCAAAAACCGGACUCAAAUCGUUACAUAAAAAGACCGGUGAAUUCGUUGAAGGAUUGAUACGUGUGAUGCAACGUUCCACGAGCUUCGAGUCACGUACUUACGCAAUCUUGUUACUAAAGUCAAUGUUUGAGGUGGCUGAGCCAAUUGACAUGAUGUCACUAAACCCUAACUUCUUCAUCCAGCUUAAUCAAUGCCUAGUAAAUCAAAUAUCAAGAAAAGCCACAAAAGCCGCGUUGAAAAUCCUCAUAGACGUUUGUCCAUGGGGAAGGAAUAGAAUAAAAGCAGUAGAAGCAGGAUUAGUUCAUGCAUUAAUCAACAUACUACUUGAUUAUGAUGACGAAAAACGUAUAUCAGAGAUGGUGUUGACUGUCUUAGACCAAAUUUGCUUGUCUGCUGAUGGCCGUGCCGAGUUACUAAAACAUGGUGCGGGUUUAGCAGUUGUAUCCAAGAAAAUAUUUCGUGUUUCGCAAGUAGCAAACGCGAGAGCAGUGAGGAUACUCUACUCCGUGGCUAAAUUUUCGGGCAAUACGAGUGUGGUACAAGAGAUGUUGCAGCUUGGCAUUGUGGGGAAACUAUGUUUUGUGUUACAAGUAGAUUGUGGGAGUAAGACUAGUGAAAGAACUAAAGAGAUUCUUAAAAUGCAUGCUAGAGUUUGGAAGAAUUCUUCUUGUAUACCUUGUAAUUUGAUUUCUUCGUAUCCAUCUUGAAUUAGGACGUAAAAAAGUUAAUUAUGUAUCAAUAGUCAAGAGACAGACUGUUUAAUUGUACAAAAAAAUUUUGAAAUAUACAAAAUAAGUGUUUUGCAUAAUACCAAUAUUGGAUUUAACGAAUUGAUCAAAGAUUUGUAUGA